CUCGUAGACAAGUGCACGGACCCGAUGGGAGCGGAACUAGCGCUAGCUUCGGCAAGUCCAAAAACGGGAACCUGAACAGUAAACAAUUUCCAUCGGCCAGUGACAAGCAAAGCCAUGCGUUCGUCUGCUCGCAUUGAGCGUCAAUUCUUCGAAUGUAUGCUACUUGGGCGCGCGCGUCUCGUUCAGCGGUCCGCCCUGCUUCGAAACUCGGUUUAGCGGCACGUCUCGGCCGCCCUUUUCACGCCUCAGCGCCGGCCCGUGCAGCAGCGGAUGCCACUGACCCGGACAACAAUAACAACAACGAGUCGCAAGAUGGCGCAGACAAGUCCAAGGACAGUGAUAGCGCCGAGGUGAGCCAGGAGAACACCAAGGACGAGAAUCUCCUCGGCGAGAAAGGUCUUGAUGGCAAUGGCGACACUCGUGGACGGCAAAGACGUCCGAACGCCGCGUCGAAGCCCCGCGCAUCGAGACACAGAACACCACAAGAACUGCCACCCAUACGUUUGCCUGCCGAGUUCUACCAAGAGUGUAUCUAUCGCUAUGGGGAUCUGCGCAAGGAUGAAUAUGAUGUAGGGCCUAUCGACCCUGAUUCAUCUGCGCCUCGCGACGCAGAAUCGCUCCUCGAACGGUUCGAAAAACUCCUACAGGAUGGCUCUGAUCACCUAGAGGCCUUCGAUUCUGCUUUUAGUAGCAUAUUCGAAGCUGCGUCCUGGAGUCAGCACGAUGUCCAGCUUUUCACAGAAGACAUACAGCUGGGCAACAUAGAAGAUGCUGCUCAAAGGGGGACGAUCGCGCUCAUCGCAGCGUGGAGUUCAACGCUCAAAGCAGCGGCAAUCAUGCUCCAAGACUCACCUCUAAAACUCGAGGAAUUUUCGAAAACCCUUCAGAUGGGACAAGGCUAUCAAAAGGACCAACUUCGAAAGGACAGAAUGAAAAUCGCCGAAAUGAGGGCCCAGUAUGCGGAAAGGAUACGCCCUUACGACCUGACCUUCGAGCAGGCCGUGUCGAUACUGAAGAACACCAUGCGCUCAAAAAUCCGAUAUGAGAGUCGUUUGGGCCUAGCUCACCAGGAUGCGCUCUAUGAAACAACAUCCUCUAUUCGUGCAGACUUCGCCAUCAGUUCCCCCAAGAAUAUCAAGGUGGCUGAUCUGAAGCGACCUGUCACGAUUCUUCAUUUCCCAUACUAUGACGGAUUUGAGUGGCCGAAAUAUAUUAUGCAAGACAUCGCAGCGGAGGUGGAGGCCGACGUGGUUCACAUAACUGCUCAGGAUAUUGCCCACAUUGCUGGGGCGUACCUCGGCCAAGACACGACUCGGGCACCAGGUCCACUUUCGUUACUUGGCUACAAGACAGCCGAAAACGCUUCGAGGAUAACGCGACCUGCGGAGGAACAUCUUGAGGAGGAUCUACGUGAAGCCUCGCCAUUCUCUAUCGUUAUUCCUAUGGGAAAGCCAAAGAAGGAAGGGAAGAAGAAAAUGUCCAUCAUGGACUACGUCCUCACCGAGCCUAGCAGAGGGAAGUCUGACGAGAUGUGGGUCGACCUGAAGCUCAAUGCUGUUCUGGAAGAAAUGGUCCAUGCAGUUGACUCGGAUUCCGCCGAGCAACGUCCUCUGAUUGUUCACAUACACGACAUCAACGCUCUUAGCAUGGACGAAGACUGCGGUGCUCUGGUUUUAGGCAAGCUACGCAAGAUCGUCGACGACUUGUGGGUAGACGGCAAAAAGGUGGUGCUUGUCGGUACAUGUUCACGAUCGGCGUCCACCAACAACAUCGCAGCACUAAGAGAGCUGAGAAAGACAGACAGAGUUAUCGACCUUCAUCCUCGACCUGAUGAGGCGGUGAAAGCCGGUCCAACUAAUGCGGCUGCUAUGGUGUCGGUCAGCGUUGAUUCUAAGCCUUUCAUCAAAAGGCUGAAGGACACCUCUCGUAAGGAGUACCUCGACGAAAACACACGGAAUAUUGCUACAAUGUUGAGAAGUUUAUUGGACUCAAAUAACAGCAACGAGGAGCUUCGUAUUGAUUUCACGCUGCAAGCAAUGGAUAAACGACAUCGUCCUAAAACCCUCUCAACAAGUCUCCUGCCCGUGUCUGAGGUUUACAGGGUUGUGAAGACUAUGAUUGGGCUCCGGAGGCAACGUCCAGAGGUCUUCAGUCAAGCUGUACUAGAAGAAGCGCUUCGACUUAUCAAGCAUAUUGACAGCGAACACGAGCGCCAGAAAAGUCAUCUCACCGAGACUGCGAGCAGCAUCAUGCGCCAGUUGACGGGCGAGUCGGGUGGUUCCUUAUCCGAGUACGAGAAGAGGUUCAUGUCUGCAUUAGUGAAUCCCAACGAUCUCAAGACCACUUUCAAGGACAUACACGCACCACCUGAGACGAUCGAUUCGAUCAAAAUGCUCACACAGCUCUCGCUCCUUCGCCCUGAAGCAUUUGCAUAUGGUGUUCUAGCCACAGACAGAAUUCCCGGCUGCUUGCUGUAUGGACCUCCAGGAACCGGCAAAACGCUGCUCGCCAAGGCAGUGGCAAAGGAAAGCGGAGCCAACAUGAUCGAAGUAUCUGGUGCAAGCAUCAACCAAAUGUAUGUGGGCGAGAGCGAGAAGAACAUCAGAGCACUGUUCAGCUUGGCGAAGAAGAAGGAACCGCUCGUCAUCUUCAUUGACGAGGCAGACGCGCUACUAGGAGCACGAGGAGGUCGCAACGAUGCCGCUGGGCGCAGAGAUGUCAUCAACCAGUUCUUACGCGAGUGGGAUGGAAUGGAAUCUUCAAAGGCUUUCAUAAUGGUCGCCACAAACCGACCGUUCGAUCUGGAUGAGGCUGUAUUGCGUCGUCUUCCAAGGAAGUUGCUGGUCGAUCUGCCAUUGGAAGCAGAUCGUGCUGCAAUCCUGAAAAUCCAUCUCAAGAAUGAGGCACUUGACGACACUGUCGCAAUUGAGCAGAUGGCCAAGCAGACCGCGCUUUACUCUGGCUCUGACCUGAAAAAUGUGUGUGUCGCAGCUGCCAUGGCUGCUGUGAAGGAAGAGCUCCAAGCAUCCGAGAAACACACGGGCCCGGAGCCCUAUGUGUGGCCCGCGAAGCGCAUCCUGAACCGGAGACACUUCGACAAGGCACUUUCUGAGAUACCCGCCAGUGCUAGUGAGGAUAUGGCAACCCUUGGUGCGAUCAAGAAGUUUGACGAGAGAUACGGAGAGAAGAAAGCAAGGCGCAAGAGGCGCGGCAUGGGUUUCGAGGUCGUACCUGAGGCCACUGACUCCCAUGAAGCGCGGGUCAGGAGUGCCGAUAAGUGAGUGUCGAGUUUCGAGAUCGCCAGGUUGUGCCCAUACAAAAACGGGCGAAAGGUGGCGUCCAAUGAUGAACCAAGCGUAUCUGUAUCCUGUCUUCUUGGAAUUUUCAGUUCCGCCCUAUUGCAUGAUGUAUCUUGUGUUAACAGGACAGCAGAGGAGCCUCGGAAGAUGCGCGCUUAAGAGAACUACUUGCUGG